GUACACCCAUAUGCAUGGAACUGCAUGCUGUACGAAUACUGUGCAAAGUCGGCGCAUUUUCAAGACGAGGGAACGGCAACUGAAGACUCGAACUAAUUGGAUAUAAUGCGCAACCUUGACAUCGGUCUGCAAGAAACAUGGACGUUGGAAAAGAAGAACGAAAAGACAUACGUAUGUUCCGAGUCGCAAAGCAAAAGUGGCGAUGGGAUAAGUCGAGGAUGGCCGGCCGGUGGCUUGCACCGAUCGCGUAGCCCGAUUAGGAAGGGAUGUUGGAGGAGUUUCCGGGAAUCUGGACUAAGAAUGUUAUCUCAUUCGACGGCAAGUCGCCGGGGAGCAUAUGGUACUCAAUUGCCAUCUACAGCGCCGCAGAUACCCAAAGUGCUCCCUACCUACAGCAUGGGCGUAACUCUCCCAUACUACAAGCGGUUCUGAUGGGUUUAUAAUCCGCUAAGAGAUGUGAGGUUUCUUCAGGGCUCCUCCAAGGCUCCUUCCCCGCUCAGCCAUGUCUGCACCCACCUCGGAACUGCCGACAUACGAAAGCGAGAAGCGCGUCUCUGAGUCGGACGAUUCUCUCGAGAAGAAGUUCGACGACGAGGGUCAUGUCGACGUCGUCGACGAUAAGCACCUCCAGGAAGUCGAAGCGUUCGAGGAGCGGUUAGCCCAUGAUGAAGCCGCCGACGAAGAAUACCUUGUUCAAAAUGCCCAUGAUGUUGCCAUCAAGGUUUUGUCUACCAGGGACGACCCUGAGCUCAAAGCAGUCACCUUCCGUACAAUAUUUUUGGGACUCGGGUUUUCGGCUUUCGGGGCUGUUCUUGCACAGAUUUAUUACUUCAAGCCUCAGACGCUCUCUGUUUCGACAUUGUUCUUGCUUGUACUUUCGUACUGGUUCGGCAAUGCCAUGCACAUGUUGAUCCCAGACAAGGGUGUCUUCAGGUGGUUCAACCCUGGGCCGUUCAACAUCAAAGAGCAUGUCGCAAUUAUCAUCAUGUCGUCCACGGCUGCAAACUCUGCGACCGCCAUUCAGGUCAUCUCGGUUCAAGACCUAUACUACAACAACAAGAUGAAUGCUGGAAUUGCUAUCUUCACAUUAAUCGGCUCGCAACUUCUGGGCUAUGGUUAUGCAGGUCUGCUAUCUGACGUCCUAGUAAAGCCUACUAAGUGUUUCUGGCCAGCCAAUAUCUCCCCUGCCAACUUGUUCCAAGCACUGCAUUACGAUAAUCAGAUGACUUCCAAGCGUGUUCGCCUCUUCUGGACCGUUUUCAGUGUGAUGUUCGUCUGGGAGAUCAUCCCACAAUGGAUCUUCCCAGUACUAACCGGUGUCUCGAUAUUCUGUCUCGCCAAUAACCACUCCCCGGUGUUCCGCAACAUUUUCGGUGGCGCAAGCAACAACGAGGGCAUGGGUCUCCUUUCCUGGAGUUUCGACUGGAACUUGAUUGGUUCCAAUUGUCUGUACAACCCUCUAUGGUUGCAGAUUAACCAGGAUAUCGGCAUCAUCUUCACGUAUAUUCUGAUGAGCGCAGUGUAUUAUGGGAAUCUGUGGAAUGCGAAGCAGUUCCCGUUCAUGAGUCAAGCUAUCUUCUCUUCAGAUGGGUCGCAGUACAACCAGACUGCGCUUCUAACAGAUGGCAAGUUCGACCCCAUCAAGUACGAGCAGCUCGGCCCCGCCUGGUUCUCUGCGACGAACGCUCUCUACCUCAUCACCUCCAACUUGUCGCUUGGCGCUGUAGUUACCCACGUUGGACUCUACCACUGGGACGAUCUCAAGCCUUUCCUCCAGUCUCUCAACCCAUGGAACAAGACUCCCAUGGUAAUCAACGACGAACAUUAUGAGAAGAUGAAAGUCUACAAGCCCAUUCCUCGAUGGUGGUUCCUCGGCAUUCUCAUCGCUGCCUAUGCCAUUGCACAAGCGACGAAUUAUACUGGUCAUUCUGGCUUGCCUUGGUGGGCUCUUACUGUCCUUGCCAUUAUCUCAUUCAUUUUCUGUGCUCUGUACGGCAUGCUCGCUGCGACUAUUGGGUUCUACGAAUUCUCGUCUUCGGGUACUGGGUUCUUCCAGAUGAUCACGGCAUAUAUCGUCCCAGGACGUCCUGUUGCUAACAUGUAUGGAGCACUCUACGGUCAACACCCUAUGAUUCAGGGCAUCGCCCUCUUGCAAGACUUAAAAUUGGGCCAGUACAUCAAGUUGGCGCCUCGAGUAACCUUCUCGAUGCAAAUGAUCGGUACCGUCGUCGGCGCUAUCCUUAACUGUGAGUUCCCCACUUUCCACUGUAUCCGCUAUGUAUCCCGGUGUGCUAGCGCGACAGGGUCCUCGGUUUUUUUGAUCGCAGUGCCUGUAUUGCGUCGUGGUGCUCAGUGUGCUGACGUGGUUCUAUAUAUGUUCACAGAUGUGAUGAUGUUAUCCAUCAUAAACAGCAAUCGUGAGGCGCUCCUUUCGGUUGCGGGCACACGUUUGUGGUCUGGCCAGAACGCCCAGCAAUAUAACUCUAACGCCAUAUCAUGGGGUGCCCUCGCUCCUCAAAUGUUCGGUCCUCACGCAACAUACAAGAUGGUCCCUAUCUCGCUUGCCAUAGGUAUAUUCCUGCCAUUCCCAUUCUAUUUUGCGCAUCGUUUGUGGCCUAAGGCUGGGUUCAACAAUUUGAACACAUCGAUCAUCAUGCAGUACUCUUGCUACCUCUCUGUUGGUAUCAACACUUCCGUCAACCCCGCGAUGGUCCUCGGUAUCUUCUCACAAUGGUGGGUACGAACUCGUUAUCCGAGAUGGUUCACCAAAUACAACUACAUCAUGGCUGCUGCUUUGGAUGGUGGAACCCAAGUCAUCAGUUUCAUCCUGAACUUUGCCGUAUUCGGGGCUUCAGGAACAGCACAUAAUUUCCCUGUAUGGUGGGGCAAUGACAUCAGCCUCUCCGCCGACCGCUGUGUGCUGCCGGAGUAGCUUGCUUCUCUCGUCUCAGGCCGCACCUAUCGCACUCCUGUUUGUCCCAGCUCACAUAUGUGCCGGGGCUUAGGAGCGCUGAACACAACACUGUACCCUAUUAUUACUGAUUGAUUUUGAUAAAUAAAACUCUUCCUUUUAGAGUUCUCAGCAGGGAGGAUUCUGGUAUUCAUGUAACGAGCUUUAUGUUUGUCCAGACUAUUCUAUUGUGAAUGUCACGAUGCUCGGAGGC